AUGGGUGUUGUUUUUGAAAUUAUUUUCAAAGUUUUCUUCUUAACACUUUGGAUAUUCGUUUUAUCAGUGAAAUCACAGCUUACCUGUACCAUACCUGGUUAUUAUCCAUUGGAAGAUACUACUUGUCAAUAUUAUUAUCAUUGCAAUUCUGAUUCUACAGUUCAGAUAUAUAAAUGUCCCGAUGGUACCGUAUUCGAUCCACACAGACAAGCAUGCGUAUUACCAACACAAUAUCCUUGCAUACUAACUACACCAAAUCCUUAUCAGUGUUUAACAGCAGGUCGAUUUCCCAUAAUCGAUCCAACUUGUAAACAAUUCUACUUUUGUUAUUGGAAUAAUAAUGGUUACGUUAAGAGAAUAUAUAGAUGUCCAAAUGAAACUAUUUUCGAUCCUAAGAGACAAUUAUGCGUUUUACCUACAACUUAUUCACUUUACCCAAUUGAUGGAGCCAAUGAAAAUUGUUUAAUUAAAUCAAAUUCGCGUAAUUGCAUUAGAGUUUAA